GUGGAGGGAAAGGAGGACACAGGGUGCCAGAAUCCGUCCCCCCAGAGAAAGAUGGGGUGUGCCUUAUCUGGACCAGGCGUCACACCGGAGCCAACUUUUGACGUGGAAAAGAGAGGGUCGUUUGUGGAAGGCGGGCUGGACUUGAGCAAGGAGACUGAGUGCGGGGAAAACCCUGAGCGGCUCUCCCUUUCAGAGUCUCAGAAGGCCCUGAUCCGAGAGUCCUGGAAAAUCCUGCACAAAGACAUUGCAAGGGUCGGGGUCAUAGUCUUCAUCAGACUGUUUGAGACCCACCCCGAGUGCAAAGAGGUUUUCUUCCUCUUCCGGGACAUCGAUGACCUGCAGCAGCUGAAGAUGAGCAAGGAACUGCAAGCCCACGGCCUCAGAGUGAUGUCGUUCAUCGAGAAGAGCGUGGCGCGGCUCGACCAGGAGGACAAACUGGAGCAGUUGGCCUUUGAGCUGGGCAGGAAUCACUUCCGGUACAAGGCACCCCCCAAGUACUAUGAGUACGUAGGCGCUCAGUUCAUCCAAGCUGUCCAGCCCAUUCUAAAAGAACACUGGACUCCGGAGGUCGAGAAGGCUUGGCAGAGCCUCUUCAAAUAUUUGGCGGCCACCAUGCGGCAAGGCUUCUACACGGAGGAGAAGACUGCGGGAACUGGCAAAUCUCUUUCCUCGAGGAAGGCUUGCGCAGAGUCAACUCCAAACAAAAACUAGCAAGACACAAAUCUGCUCUUGAUGUGACUCAACGAUGGACACAUACACACCCGGACUCCCCCCUUUUUUGCUCCUCUCUUCCAAGUGGAACUCCCAGGUGCAGGGAAAGUCCUUUGCAGUGAUUCCGUCUCUGUUGGAAACAGGGGUUGGUAAUAAUAUUUUUAAAAGAGAAACCCGAGGCAAGGAUUUCUUGAAAAAAGGACCAAUCAUCCAUCAAUCUCCUUCCCAUGAGCUUUAUAAAUGCGUAUUUAUGUCUGGGAGGGAUUGUUGCCGGAAUGGAGUCCUGCUCAGCUGAGCGCAUGUUGCCCUGCUGUUUCAGAGGGCUCCUGAUUAAUAAUAAUAAUAAUAAUAAUAAUAAUAAUAAUAAUAAUGCCUUUAUUGUAAUUGUACAACCUGUGUACAAUGAAAUUAAAUGAGCCUCCCCCCCCCAAACACUCAAUCUCUUAUCGAACAACACGCCACCUCGCAAGUCAAUUUCACUAAGUUAUUUUCGAUGCAGUAUGAUAAUCUUUAUUGUCAUUGUCCCAUACGGAACAACGAAAUUGAAAAAAUCUACACCAGACAUUCAGAAACCAACAAGCCUGCUAUCCCA